AUGGGGCAAUUAUUGUCAAAACACAAAUCUCAAUCGAGGUCAAAAUUAAUCUCUUCAGACCUUGAGGAGUCCAAAUCUGGUCCAGAUGCGUAUCUAGCUAAACCAAGCGGCAGUUGCUGUCUCAAAGGCACUAUUCAUAAAGGCGAAGGACGUGGCAGGCGGGAAACGAUUGCAAAUGUAGAGACGUACAUAUCAGUACCACCAGCCAGCAAAGCCAACGGCAACGUGCUCCUGUAUUUUCCCGAUGUAUGGGGCAUGUUUCCCAAUGGCCUGCUCGUCAUGGACGCCUUUGCAAGCGCAGGAUAUACAGUACUCGGACUCGACUAUUUCAGAGGUGAUCCCGUAUGGAAACAUCGCAAGAAUCGGCACGAUAAAAGUAAUCCGGGGUUUGACUACGAGGCUUGGAAAAGAAAACACACUGCGUUCGCUGACGAGGCGGUGCCGAAAUGGGUGGCUACUGUCGUCGAUCGGUACAGGAAAGAAAACCCAGGGACCAAGUUUGCGUGUGUCGGAUAUUGUUUUGGCGCGCCAUACGUAUGCGAUGAGUUGGCGAAAGACCGCGUCACUGUCGGUGCUUUUGCCCAUCCGGCUUUUUUGAAAGAGCACCACUUCCAGAAUAUAAAAAAGCCUUUGUUCCUUUCCUGUUCCGAGAGAGACCAUACCUUUGAUGUUCCGAGUAGGCGACGCGCGCUAGAUAUUCUACAAGAACGAAGCAAAACGUUUCACUAUCAACUAUUUUCUGGUGUUGAACAUGGUUUUGCGUUGCGGGGAGAUCCCGAUGACCCUUAUCAGCGUACUCUCACUUUCUGCAUCAUGACGCCUCCCCGAGCAUUAGAUCUCACUGGCGAUGUCGCCAUAGUAACAGGUGCCGGCUCGCGAAUGAACGGUGAAAUCGGUAACGGUCGAGCGGCUGCGAUUUUACUGGCACGCCAUGGUGCAAAAGUUGCUUUGCUCGACUACAAUGUCGACUGGGCCAAAGAGACCAAGCGCAUGAUUGAUGGAGAGGGCGGUAUCUCCGAGGUCAUACAAACGGACGUGACGAAGGAGGAAUCGUGUAAAGCCGCUGUGAGCAAGACGCUAGAACUUUUCGGUGCGGUGCAUAUACUAGUGAACAUUGUAGGGGUCGGCGGAGCCAUGGGCGAUGCCACAGUCGUAAACCUCGACGCAUGGGAGCGCGACUUCCGUAUCAACGUCACGAGCAUGGUCCUCAUGAGUCGGUUCGUCAUCCCCGAAAUGCGGAAGCAAGGGAGAGGAUCAAUUGUCAACAUGUCCUCCGUUAGCGGCUUAUUGGGAGGUAACCCUAGUCUUCUUUACCCUACUACCAAAGGCGCCAUCAUUCAGAUGACCCGGGCUAUGGCGGCUCAGCAUGGACGAGAGAAUAUUCGUGUCAAUUGCGUUUGUCCUGGAAUGGUAUACACUCCUAUGACGCGUGGGCGCGGCAUGACAGACGAGAUGAGAGAAGCUCGGAUUAACCAAAAUCUCAUGAAGAAGGAAGGCACGGGCUGGGACGUGGGCUAUGCUAUAUUAUUCCUCUCAAGCAAGGAAGCAGGAUGGAUUACGGGAUUGAUCAUGCCUGUUGAUGGAGGCACAACUGCUGGAAAAGCUGACCGACCAGCCCUGAAGCCAGAUACGCUAGCUGAGAUGAAUACGGGCGUGAGCAACUAG